GGAUCACCUGUGUGACUACAUCAAGGGGCCGCAGGGCUGGAGCAGAGGGGUCAGGGAGAGUCGGAGGGAGAGGAGCUGAGAGAGGCAGGCAGCGGCAUUCUGAGUUAGGGUAAGCCAGCUAAGGGGUGGAGUUUUUAGGGAGCUUCUUGAAUUGCACAGCAGUGGAGGGCGGCAGGGUCUGAGUUAGCUUUGCAUAGAAGAGCACUCAAGGAGGGGUGGCAUCACUCCCAACCCUUAGUGUGGGCAGCCCUCAGUGACUGGCUUCCCAGGACAGUGUAAAAGGGAGAGGGGAGAGAACUGGACGGUGGGAAAAGCUGACCAGCACCACCUCAGCCAGGCGAUCAAGGUUCCCAUGCAAACUCACUGGGUUCUGGUGUACCCUGGAUGUGGGGGGAUGAGAGGGCUCUUCUCCUCGGGGGUCUUCUCCCCAAACCCAUGGCCCAGUGUCGCCAUGAGAAAAACAUCAGACAAACCCAACUGAAGGGCGGCCUACAGAACGCCUGAACCGGCAAGGCCAUCCAAAACAGGGCCACCCGAGAACUGCACAGCCCAGAGGGCCUGAGGCGUUGCCGUGACUCCGUGCCCUUGGGGUCCUGGAUGGGGUCCUGGAGAGGAAAGGGACCUGGGGAAACGAAUGAAACCUGAAUAAAUCGUGCUGUUGAGUUAAGAAGGUAUCAAUACUGGCCCAUUCGUUGUGACAAAUGUACCAUAGUAAUUGAGAUUUAACAUUUCCCGGGGGGCACUGCGUUGGGUAUAGGGGAAUUCUCUGUACAAGCACCUCUGCAAGUUUUUCUACAUCUCAACUGUUGUAAGUAAAAGCUUUAUUUAUUGUAUGCAUAAGCACACACCCUGACCACAGCGAGAUGUGUAAGCUGUGGGGGCAAGAGUGAAGGGCAGCCAGAGAGGCCCCGGCAGCCAGUGUUCGGGUGAGGGCUGGGGCAGGGGAGGGGGGAGGUGCUGGUAGCAGCAGAAAUGGAGACAAGUGGGGGGAGGGGUCGGGAAUAAAGUGGACGGAGCCAUUGGAUUUGUUUUUAAAUUACAGUUUACAGUCCAUACGGUUUUCUGUUAAUUUCGGGCGGACAGCAUAGUGGUUAGACAAUCAUAUACUUCACAGUCUUCCCCCGAUAUUUCCAGUACCCACCGGACACCAUGCAUGGUUAUUACAACAGUAUUGGCUGUAUUCCCUAUGCUGUGCUUUACAUCCUGGGACUGUUUUGUAAUUACCAAUUUGAAUUUUCUUUAUUGCUGAUUUUAGAGAGAGGGAGAGAGUAGAAACAUCAGUGUGUGUUUUCAUUAUUUAUGCAUCAAUUGGUUGCCUCUUGUAUGUGCCCUGACCGAUGGGAGGGAAACCUUGGCCUGUGGGGACAAUGCUCUAACCAGUGGAGCCACCCAGUCAGGGCCUGGAACUACCAAUCUGCACUUCUUAAUCCUCCCCUUUUCACCGCCCCCCCCCCACUCCCCUCCCCUCUGGCAACCAUCAGUCUGUUCUCUGUGUGCCAGUGGGUUUUUAAAAUAUAUACUUUUUUCCUUCCCUGAGCUGGGAAAAAUAGAAGAGGGGCAGGUUUGAAGUGGGGAAUGGCUCACUGGUAGCCCUGGCUGAGGUCCAUAAAAAUGUCAUUCCAGGACAGGUGCGCUGGGGACACAGGUUUGGGAACCUGUGAAACAGAAAAGUGGGUUUUAGAGCUUUGAAACUGGACAGGCACCUGGGAAAGGAGCUCAGCGAUGGAGCCAGAAAGUGUCUUGCCACUGAGUCUUUCCCUGAGGGGCGCCCCCUGGGGACCUUCAUGAGCCCCAGAGCCAGUCCCAGGCCCUGUGGCUGUCCACCUUUCCAGGGUUGGAUCAGAGAGGGAGGCUGGGCGGAGUGGUGGUACCAGCAGGCUGGCGCGUCCCCAGCCCGGAGCCCUCCCUGCUCUGUGACUUGUGGGCUGGGGUGCACAUGGCCAGCCGCUGCCUGUCCCUGGCAGGGCCCAUUCCUGGCAGGCUCCUGGCCGCGUUGCUCAGGGGCUGGGUCCCCACCGGCUGCUCAGGGUCCUCACGGGCCAAGGGCUGCCUGUGCGGCUUCACCGUCAGCGCUUGUACCCGCGCCAAGUUCUACAGGGACGUGGAGGCUGUGGACAUCUCUCAUGGGGUGAAAAUCAUGAGGGGCUUUGGGCUCUGUGCGAUUCUGGAGAAUCUUAGGGGUGCUGCUCAGACCCAAGUGGGGCAUUUGACUAUGAUCAGCAGCAACGUGGGCGUGGACCACUGCGGGCUGGGCCUUUACUGAGGCCAAGCAGAUGACCCGCAUCGCAUGGUCUGCCCCUACGUGGGCCAGGACGCGCUCUAUGAGCAUCACUUCUUGGCGGGUGAGCUGGAGCUGGAGGUACCCCAGGGCCCUUUGGCUGAGCGCAUCCACGCAGGCGGUGCUGGGGUGCCCUUCUACACGCCCAGGGCCAGCGGGACUCUGGUUCAGGAAGGAGGCGCCCCCAUCAGGUACUAUCGCAGCGCAGUGGCCGUCAUGAGUCAGCCCAGAGAGGGGAGGAUUUUCACUGGCGGACUGUCUUUUGGAGCGGCCAUCACCAAGGAUGUUGCUCUGGUGCCAGGGUGGAAAACUGAGUGGCGAAACACUAUCUCCGGUGGGAGCGCCAGGAAGUUCAACCUGCCCACGUGCACAGCUGCCGCCUCCGUGGUGGAGGUUAAAGAAAUGGUGGGUGUGGGGUUGUUUGCCCCAGAAGACGUUCAUGUAGAUCACAUGGUACAGCAGGACUUUGAGAAGAGAGUUGAGUGGUUAACAAUCUGGAAAGAGAAAGAUGGAAAAGCUAGGUCUUCGGAUGAUGUAACAGCUCAAAUCAUCAAACGGGAAGAUCUUGAAUUUGAGGAUGGCAUGUAUGCCAAUGUGGGCAUAGGAACCCCUCUUCUGGCCGCAACUUAUAUCCGUCCCAAUAUAACUGUCCACCUUCACAGUGAAGAUGGAGUCCCAGGCGUGGGUCCAUGUCCAUUGGAGGAGGUGGGUGCAGAUCUCAUCAGUGCUGGCCAGCAAACCGCCAUCAUUCUUCCCAGGGGCUGUUUUCUCUCCAGCGAUGACUCAUUUGCUAUGACAGGGGGACACACCCACCUAACCAAGCUAGCCAUGCAGGUUUCCAAAUACGGUGACCUGGCUACCUGGAACCCCGGAAAGAAGGUGAAGGGAAUGGGGGGUGCGGUGCACUUGGUGUCCAGGAUCAAGGCCAGAGUAGUGCUCACCAUGGAGCACUGCACCAAGGCCAACGAACCCCAAAUCUUGGAGAAGUUCUCGAUACCCCUGACUGGGAAGCGGUGCGUGGACAGAAUCAUCGUGGAAAAGGCCAUGUGACGUGCACAAGGGGAAGGACUGACGCUGGCUGAGCUCUGGGAAGGCCUAACCCGGAGGACAUCAGAGAGAGCGCGGGGCGCCUUUGCCGGCUCACCCACGGCCAGGCCCCUGCAGCAGCUCACAGCCCCCGUGGGAGGGAGCCCUUGCUCACAGAGGCUUGUCUUUCAUUUUAACCUCAGGGUCUCGUCCAGAGGAGUCCGGGAUCACACUGGUCCAUUUCACAAGCAGCCUGACCCGUUUUCUCCCGGCCCCUCAGGCUUCCUACCACCAGAAACACUGUUCUCUCAAGAGGGAAGUGACUUUAAACAAAACAAAAGGAAAACAGGCGUCUGUCUGUGUGCUCUGUGGGCCCUCAGAAAGCGCUGCUGCAGGCGUCCAGGACUCGGACGCCUCUUCACUGUGAUUUUACAUGAAAGCCGUGCCGCUGGAGGGGACCCCACGGGAAGGUUUCCUCCCUCAUGA